AUGCCCAAACCACAAAAGAAGGGCAAAGGCCCUCGGGCCCCAAAGGAGAGGCAGAGCUUCAACAAAGACGCCCUUGAACAGCUUACUUCUAAAAUCGAUCAAAACCUCAACACGAACACCAACAAGCGCAAGCAUCCCCCCACCAAUGCCGGGAGCAAAGAGCAACAGAAAAGACAGCGAAAUUCUGAGAAUGGUCAGCCGCCGCCGGCCCAGCCAUCAGACGAUCAAGAAUCUCUUUUGGCCGAGAUUAAGGCCUUGGGUGGCGACGAAAAGGAUCUAGAGCUCAUCAAUGGUAUCGACUCCGACGACGAAACGUACGCAAAAGAAUCUGGCGUAGCCAUUGACAAGAGUCUGAAGGACGAGCUGCUAGCCUUGUCCAAGGAACUGGGCUUUGAUGCCAUUGAUCCUGAAGUGGCAAGCGAAGCCGACGAUCAGCCAGAAGAGGAAGAUGUCGAGGACGAACUGGACGGGGAGGAAGACGACAGUGACGAUACAGGCGAAGACGACGAUGAUGAAAUGGAAACCGACGAGGUGAAACGUGUUAGGAAACCUGGGGACAUGAUCUUCGAGCCCAGAGCCGACUGGCACGCCUACAAACUGGCUAAGCUGCCCAAACCGACCAUCGAACAGCUCGGGCCCUUCGCCGGAACCGUUGAAACUCUGAAAAUGCAUGCGAAAACGCUCCUAGAGAGCGAUUCCAACAAAUACAGGACUAGUAUAUUUGCGUCUUCAUCUCAUAAGUUCUUGUCUACAAUCAUGUCUUCGGGUACCCUCACAGAUAAAGUCUCUGCCUUGACGCUGGCAGUGCAAGAGUCGCCAGUUCACAACAUUCGUGCAUUUGACGCUCUUAUGAAUCUUGCCUCAAAGAAAAGUCGUGCUCAGGCUAUUGGUGCCAUUGGCGCUCUUCCGGGACUGUUGGGAACUCUUCAGAAAGACGCAAUCAAAUCGUGGCAUCCAAACCAGCCGCUUCCAGGAAAGAUCACUGAAGAGCAUCUCAUUUCAUGGGCUUACGAGGAUUGGCUCAAGGAGACCUAUUUCAAGAUUAUUCAGCUGCUAGAGACUUGGUGCUCCGACGAAAUCGAGUAUUCUCGAAUGAAGGCCGUGGAUUUUGUGUAUGGACUCUUAAAAGAGAAGCCAGAACAGGAAUCAAAUUUACUCACGCUCCUUGUCAACAAACUAGGCGACCGAGACCGCAAAAUUUCAUCUCGGGCUUCAUACCUUUUGCUUCAAUUACAGGUUUCUCACCCUGGAAUGAAGCCAAUAAUUAUCCGGACUAUUGAACAAGAUAUCUUGCUUCAUCCAUCUCAGGAUCACCGGUCAAAGUAUUAUGCCAUCAACACCUUGAAUCAGACUAUCCUGAGCAGUAAAGAGCCGACCGUUGCCGAAACUCUCGUGAGAAUAUACUUUGAUCUCUUUGUUACGAUGCUAAAAUCAGGAAACCUCGGAGUUCCCUUGCAAAACGGAACUGAGAAUGGCAAACCACAUGGCAAAGGUGCUGUGAAGUCGGACGGCAAGCCAGACUUUAAACCCCCACAAAAGUCCAAGAAAGCCGUGGGCUCGACCCCAGAAACCGAAGCUGCAGAUAAAAUGGUUUCGGCGCUGUUGACGGGUGUAAAUCGCGCCGCACCUUUUGUUGGCACAGACGAUGAAAUCAUGGAGAAGCAUCUGGAUACAUUGUUUAGAAUUGCGCACUCGGCCAAUUUCAACACAAGUAUUCAGGCCCUGUUGUUAAUUCAGCACCUGUCCGCUGCUCGCAAUUUGGCAACGGAUCGGUUUUAUCGAACCUUGUACGAGUCAUUGUUAGACCCUCGCCUGGUUACCUCAUCCAAGCAAGCCCUAUACCUGAACCUGCUCCUCCGGGCUUUGAAGAGCGACGUCGAUGUUCGACGAGUGAAAGCUUUCGCCAAACGGAUGCUACAGGUCUCAAGUCUCCAUCAACCUCCCUUUAUCUGUGGAUUGCUCUACGUCAUUGCACAUCUACGACAAACUUUCCCCGAUCUGUCAACGCUUGUCGAAGAGCCCGAGACUUCAAUAUUCGAUGAUGACGCAUCAGCAGAACUUCCGGGUUAUGACGGCCGCAAGCGGGACCCUGAACAUAGCAAUGCCCAAAGAAGUUGCUUGUGGGAAAUGAUCCCUUUCCAAGCACAUUUCCACCCUUCUGUGAGUGUUUUUGCGGCGGCAUUACUAGACAAAACCAAAAAGGUACAGAAGCCAGAUAUGGAGAGCCAUACUCUGAUUCGGUUUUUGGACAAGUUCGUGUACCGCAAUCCCAAGUCUACCGAUGCAGCUCGUGGUGUAUCUAUCAUGCAACCACUACGAGCCACCAAGGACUUGGGUGACAUUUGGUUGGGAAGCCGGGGUGCUGGUGCUGCAUCCGCGCCAGUCAACUCUGCGGCUUUCUGGAAGAAGAAGGCCGAAGACGUUGCAGCUGAGGACGUCUUCUUCCACGAGUACUUCCAGCACGUCGCUAAAGAACCGAAGCCGAUUACCAAGAAGGACAGUGAAGAAGAUGAGGAAAACAAUGAGGACGAGAUCUGGAAAGCUUUGGUGUCUACUCAACCAGAUAUCGAGGACGAUGUUGACGAAGAAGGGUUUGAUGAUAUGGAUGAUCUGGACAUGGGCUCGGAAGAUGGCUCAUCGCCCGCCCUGUCUCUGGAAAGCGACCUAGAUGAGGAGGACGAUGAGGAUAUGGGUGUGACCUUUGAUGACGAGGAUGAGAUCGAGUCCGAUGGCUUGGUAGCGGUUGGAGACGAAGAGGAUGCCGAGGAAGAUGAUAAAGCCGAAGAGAAGAAUAAGAAGAAGUCAAGAAGAAGGGCUCUCAAGGAUCUGCCGAUGUUUGCAUCAGUCGAUGACUACGCGGAACUUCUGGCAGCAGAGGAAGAGGGUAUAUAA